GCCUUCUUCUUCCGGUUCUCCGCUGCUGAUCAGCUGAGUGUUAGCACUCGCUGGACUUUAAAUUAUUUAGUUUAAAUUAAAAACAGAGACUUUUACAGUAUGUCUUCUAAUAAUAUGGCAGACCCGAGAAGGCAGAACAAGAUUUUGAGGUAUAAACCUCCCAGCACGGAGACCAACCCCACCCUGGAGGACCCCACCCCCGACUACAUGAACCUGCUUGGCAUGAUCUUCAGCAUGUGUGGACUGAUGCUGAAGCUGAAAUGGUGUGCCUGGAUCGCAGUCUACUGCUCUUUCAUCAGCUUUGCAAACUCCAGAAGCUCAGAGGACACCAAACAGAUGAUGAGCAGCUUCAUGCUCUCCAUCUCGGCGGUUGUGAUGUCUUACCUCCAGAACCCACAGCCGAUGUCGCCGCCAUGGUAACCAGGAGCCAAUCACAGGAGAAGUGAAUUGCAGGCGCUGGAGUGGGGGACGGGACAGCUGAUUGACCCACCCCACCCCCACCCCCACCCCUCCACCCGCGGCCAUCUAUGAGGAAAAGCAGAGACAGAAAGGAAGAUCACGAGAUAGGAGAGAACAGACGGCAGCGGAGGUGGACAUUAACGAGGACGUUACGUCAAGAUGGAAGAGAUCAGACGUCCUCCAUCUCGUAUUUCUGUUUUUAACCGCUGAGUCUGCUGUUGGUUAAUUUAGAACGUCAGAAGAUUAAUGAUCAGGUUGUCUGUUUCUGAAUAUAAAUAAAGAUGUUUUGAAUGAG